CAGAAAAACUACCCAAACCUGAGUAAAAUGGCGGUGGAUAUACUAUUAAUUCCCGCAAUGUCUACUGAGCCCGAACGACUCUUCUCUGGGGCCAAGAUAACUAUUAUAGAUCGUCGAAAUCGGCUUAGGAGUAAUAUAGUCGAAGCACUGGAGUGCCUGAAGUCAUGGUUUGGGAUACGAGAGUUUCAAGGUGAUGUACUUUAG